AAAACUGACAUAAAACAAAUAAAGAAUCCUCUUUAGAGUUGCUUUUAGCUUUCUGUUUGAAAAUAGAAAUCAUAAUUAAAUAUGAUAUGCGAAACUUUGAAAAUUAGGAUUACUUGAACAAAUAAGAAAAAACUCCUGACCAAGUUAUAAUUAUUAUAAUAGUAAUAAAAAAUAAAUAAGUAAAUAAAAUUUCCACUGGCUAUUAAAAAUACAAUUGAACCAAGAUAAACGCAGGACAAGAAAGCACUUGAACAAUGAAAUCAUUUCAGUAACUACUCCGAUUUUUCACCGAUCGCAAUGCAACGUCAACGACCGCCUGCUGAUCCUCAAGCCAGAGCCCGGCAUGGGGUACACCGGCUGCCAGGCCAUCAAGCUCAUAUGGCAGCCGGUCAAGCAGCAGCCCAUGAUGCAGCUCACCGUGAGGUGGCCCGUCAGGCAGCAGCUCGUCAAGAAGCAGCCCGUCAAGCACAGGCUCGAGAGGCAGCCCGCCUGGCAGCAGCCCGUGAUGCAGCUCGCCGUGAGAUGGUACGUCAGGCAGCCGCUCGUCAAGAAGCAGCCCGUCAAGCACAGGCUCAAGAGGCAGCGCUCCGGGCAGCAGCCCGUGAUGCAGCUCAACGACAGCUUCAACGUCAGGCUGCAGCCCGUGAUGCAGCUCGCCGUGAGCUUGAACGUCAGGCGGCAGCCCGUGAUGCAGCUCGCCGUGAGCUUGAACGUCAGGCGGCAGCCCGUGAUGCAGCUCGCCGUGAGCUUGAACGUCAGGCGGCUGCCCGUGAUGCAGCUCGCCGCGAGAUUGAACGUCGGGCCGCAGCCCAUCAAGAGGCAGCUCGCCGCGGGGUUGAACGUCCGGCAGCAGCUCGUCAAGAGGCAGGUUUCCGUGAGGUUGAACGGCAGGCGAAGGCACGUGAGGCAGCACGCCAAGCAGCAGCAGCACGUAAUCAGGCGGUUGCCAGACAUGAGGCAGCAGCCCGUGAAGUAGUUCGUCGAGAAGCUGGGCGUCAAGAGGCAAUCCCCUGGGAACAUGCGCGUAUGCAUAGACGGCAUGAACCAGAAAGAAACUUUUUACAAUAUGCGAGGCUGGCUGUUGGUGCUGGAAAUGUAAUAGUGCAUGGUGCGGCUUUGGCGGUCGGAUGGGCUUGCUGCAUCAUGUAGAUCCACUUUCGCUACAAAUGGUUAAUUUUGUUGUGAUUCAGAUCUUAAUUCCAAUUAGUUUGAGGUUUAAUCUGUUCAACUAUUGUAAGAGAGUAAUAAGAAAACUACUUUUACUAUUGAUAUUGACUUGGAUUGAUUUUGUCCAUGACCUAGGACACAAUUUACCUUGCUGAAUUACUCUCCACCAUCUGCAUAUGGAUG